CUCCGUCGCGUUGUGCUGGCGUGAAGUGGUAGCGUCCGCUCCGGGAGCCUGAAGGAGACUUGGAGGCAUCUAGGCCGCGCAGCUUGGGUCGUUGGGAGUCGCCGCUGCCGCCACUGCCCGCACUCCAUGAGGAAAAUGCUCGCCGCCGUCUCCCGCGUGUUGUCGGGCGUCGCCCAGAAGCCGGCAAGCAGAGUGCUGGUGGCAUCCCGUAAUUUUGCAAAUGAUGCUACAUUUGAAAUUAAGAAAUGUGAUCUUCACCGGCUGGAAGAGGGCCCUCCUGUCACUACAGUGCUCACCAGGGAGGAUGGGCUCAAAUACUACAGGAUGAUGCAGACUGUUCGUCGAAUGGAGUUAAAAGCAGAUCAGCUAUAUAAGCAGAAAAUAAUUCGUGGUUUCUGUCACUUGUGUGAUGGUCAGGAAGCUUGUUGUGUGGGCCUGGAGGCCGGCAUAAACCCCACAGACCAUCUGAUCACAGCGUAUCGGGCUCAUGGCUUUACGUUUACUCGUGGGCUUUCUGUCCGAGCAAUUCUUGCAGAGCUUACAGGACGAAGAGGAGGUUGUGCUAAAGGAAAAGGAGGAUCGAUGCAUAUGUACGCCAAGAACUUCUACGGGGGCAAUGGCAUUGUGGGAGCUCAGGUGCCCCUGGGAGCUGGGAUUGCUCUGGCCUGUAAGUAUAACGAAAAAGAUGAAAUCUGUUUGACUUUGUAUGGUGAUGGCGCUGCUAAUCAGGGUCAGAUAUUCGAAGCUUACAAUAUGGCGGCUUUGUGGAAAUUGCCUUGUAUUUUCAUCUGUGAGAAUAACCGCUAUGGGAUGGGAACAUCUGUGGAGAGAGCGGCAGCCAGCACUGAUUACUACAAGAGAGGCGACUUCAUUCCUGGGCUGAGGGUAGAUGGAAUGGAUAUCCUAUGUGUCCGGGAGGCCACAAGGUUUGCAGCUGCCUAUUGUAGAUCUGGAAAGGGGCCCAUACUGAUGGAGCUGCAGACUUACCGUUACCAUGGACACAGCAUGAGUGAUCCUGGAGUCAGUUACCGUACACGAGAAGAAAUUCAGGAAGUUAGAAGUAAGAGUGAUCCUAUCAUGCUUCUCAAGGAUAGGAUGGUGAACAGCAAUCUUGCCAGUGUUGAAGAACUAAAGGAAAUUGAUGUUGAAGUGAGGAAAGAAAUUGAGGAUGCUGCCCAGUUUGCUACAGCUGAUCCUGAGCCACCUUUGGAAGAACUCGGCUAUCACAUCUACUGCAGCGAUCCGCCUUUUGAAGUCCGGGGGGCAAACCAGUGGAUCAAGUUUAAGUCCAUCAGUUAAUGCGAGAUGGUUACACGUUCAGCGGGCUAUUCGGCAGCAACUGUAAGGAAUGCUUUGGGUUCUCAACUUUGUUAAGGAGGAAAAAAACCUAUAGAAAGAAAGUGUAGAUUUAGAUAGAUAGAUAGUGUAAUUGCAUGUGGUUUGUACAGUGUUGCAUUAAAAGGUAUAACGUCUUUUAAUGUUAAAUCUUAAGGAUAGUAUGGAUCUUAUAAAGGUUAUUUUAGUUAUGUAGGUCUAAAAUAGGUAAUAAGAGUUUGCUUAACCCUCCUUCAAAUUACUUCUUUAAAAUAAUUCUAUUUGGUUUAGUUGUAUACUAGUUUAACAAAUACUUUUUUAGUUACUAAAAGGAAAAACAAUUCCUUAUAUGCCUGUCCAACUCUGCCACCUUUUUGUGGGGCGAUCAUUGUCCUGUCCCUCCCAGUGCCCAACAGCUUACCUGGUGUACCCUAACGUGCACACACACCCCCAUUUGUGUGCAUGUUGGUGCUGAAGCCUGUUCACACUGAACCAUCAUUUCUCCUUAAUAUAAAACACAAUAUUUAUUAUAACCAGGCAGGGGGGUGGAAGGACAAUUCGAUUUUUAAAUAAGACUACUUCAUUUUAAAGGCCAAAUAACUUAGUUUUCUCCAUUUAUGCAUUCAGUAUAAAUAUGAAGCUAUUUUCUUAAUAGUUUUCUAUUUACAUUCAUAUCAAACAUUAAAUACAAGGCAUAUUCUUAUCAAUUUUAUCUUUUUUGAAUAUUAAGUGCAAUUCCAGUUAAUAGUAAUGUAUGGAAUGUAUAAUCUAAAACAGUGAUUCCUAGCCUAGUAAUAAUGUAUGAAAUGUAUAAUCUAAAACAGUGAUUCCCAGCCUAGUAAUGUAUGAAAUGUAUAAUCUAAAACAGUGAUUCCCAGCCUAGUAAUGUAUGGAAUGUAUAAUCUAAAACAGUGAUUCCCAGCCUAGUAAUGUAUGAAAUGUAUAAUCUAAAACAGUGAUUCCCAGCCUAGUAAUGUAUGAAAUGUAUAAUCUAAAACAGUGAUUCCCAGCCUAGUAAUGUAUGAAAUGUAUAAUCUAAAACAGUGAUUCCCAGCCUUUUUGUUAUUUUAAACACCUGUUGUUUCACCUUUCCAGCAAAUAUUUUUCCAUUGAAGUAAAUUAAACUAAAAUUCAUUUUUAAGGAUUCCCUAAUACUCUGGGAUGUCAAGACCAGGUUUUACAGUCACUCUUUUCACAAUACAUACAAGUUCUACUCACCUUGAAAACAUGUUGAUAAAUAAAAGGUUAAAAUUUUUUCCAUAAUUCUUUAAAACUUCAAGUUCUUAAAUUGUUCAUUGAACAUGUGGUGUUUCCCUUGUGUAAAUGCAGCAGAAUUCGUGUGUAUCUUAACAGAAGCUUUUAACAACAAAGAUGUCAGCUCUUUGCUCCCUCUGUCCCCUGGCUUAGCUGAUUGAUUAAGCCUCAUCUUGGGUUGCCGGGGCCCCCUGAUCCUGUCUUCUGUACUGGGAGACUGCAGUCCAGAGCCUGCAGAGGAGACCACCACUACGAAACAAACAGGAGUCUUCUUUAGAGUCGUAAGAGAAGAUAACUUCAAAGCAACACAGCAAAAUACUUCUUUAGGAGCCCUUAUGGCAAAAGCUAUAGUAUAUACUUCCAGACUUGUCUAGGUUUGCUGUCUAGUCUUAAAAAUGCAGUCCCUAACUUAAAAACUUAACUAAAAUAGCAAUAUGUUCUCUUCACAUAUAGGAAUAUGUUCUCGUCACAUAUGGAGGUGACACUUGUGCCUUAGCAGGAGUGGGACAUGGCCUGAGAGGUAUUGUACAGGAGUGGUGGUGCAUCUGUGCAGAGCAGGCUAUUUAAGAUGACAUGGGGAUGAAAAUGCAGGGUGCAAGUUAAAGAAGGAAGGGUUUGGGUGUAGCCCACUGGCAUCUCAUGUCUCUCUUCACUCCACUCCCAGCCAGGCCUGUCUCUUGACUUUUCUUACUGGGCCUUUAGCUUCUGCCCCCUCUCCGCUUUUCCCCAACUUUAACCUUGGAAAACUCCAGAGUUUGGAGUGAGGUUGGUAGUUUUUUUCCUGACUAAGCCAUAGAAAAGGGAGUUAACGUUAAUGAAGGGGGGAAAGUUACCAGCAAUUUGUUUUCUACUGCUUUACUUAAAAGCCUAAUUACACCAAAAAAGUCAUUUUCUGUUCCACAAAGUGUUUGUUUUGAGGCUAUUCUUACCGUAGUCUAAGGUACCUUAGGUCUUCCUUAGUGAUAUCAUUAAGAAUAUCAGAAAGUGUAUAACCUUCUUCAAGAAUCUGAAACAAAGAUCAAAUACAUUAAGAGCUAAGCAGCUCUGUAAUGAUAGCACAGGAAUGGUUUGUUUGGUUAUAAGUUUACCUUUUCAAUUGUUUUCGUAUCCGCUCCUUGCAGUUGCAACCAAUCGACAAGCUCUUUAUCUGUUCUCUGCCCGUAAGACCGAGGAGGGGACGCUGAGUUCUCUGUAAUCUCUGUAAUGAUUAGAAAUUUAUGUUGUAUACUGAUGUGUAACAGCAAAACUCUUCAAGUAACAAGUUGGAUGAAAUAAACUUUCCAGAAUGUGA